GGAAGUGGAGGGAGGGGGUGAAAAUGGCGCCCAGCUCGAAAUCGGAGCGGAACAGCGGGGCCGGGAGCGGCGGUGGCGGCCCCGGGGGCGCCGGGGGGAAGCGGGCAGCGGGGCGGCGGCGGGAGCACGUCCUCAAGCAGCUGGAGCGGGUCAAGAUCAGUGGGCAGCUCUCCCCUCGCCUCUUCCGGAAGCUGCCGCCCAGGGUCUGCGUCUCCCUCAAGAACAUUGUGGACGAGGACUUUCUCUACGCAGGACACAUCUUCCUGGGCUUUUCCAAGUGCGGCCGUUACGUUCUCUCGUACACCAGCAGCAGCGGGGACGAUGACUUCUCCUUCUACAUCUAUCAUCUCUACUGGUGGGAGUUCAACGUCCACAGCAAACUCAAGCUGGUCCGGCAGGUGCGGCUCUUCCAGGACGAGGAGAUCUACAGCGACCUGUACCUGACCGUGUGCGAGUGGCCCAGCGAUGCCUCCAAGGUCAUCGUCUUCGGCUUCAACACCCGCUCGGCCAACGGGAUGCUCAUGAACAUGAUGAUGAUGAGUGACGAGAACCACCGAGACAUCUACAUCAGCACUGUGGCCGUGCCGCCACCAGGCCGCUGCGCCGCAUGCCGGGAAGCCAGCCGGGCCCAUCCAGGCGACCCGAGCGCGCAGUGCCUGCGGCACGGCUUCAUGCUGCACACCAAGUACCAGGUGGUCUACCCCUUCCCCACCUUCCAGCCUGCCUUCCAGCUCAAGAAGGACCAGGUGGUGCUGCUCAACACCAGCUACUCUCUGGUGGCCUGCGCCGUCUCAGUCCACUCGGCAGGCGAGAGCAGCUUCUGCCAAAUCCUGUAUGACCACACCACCUGCCCCCCGGCCCCUCCCAGCCCCCCUGGGCCCCAGAGCCCCGAGGUGCCCCCCGCCCUCCCCAGCCCCUGCCCUGAAGCGGCCCCCGCCCGGCCCCCCGGGGCCCCCGAGCCCUCGCCCGCCGUCGCCAAAGCCAAGGAGUUUGUGGCCGACAUCUUCCGUAGGGCUAGAGAGGCAAGGGGGGGGGCCUUGGAGGAAGCCCGGCCGCCCCCCUGCCCGGGGCCAUCGGGUAGCCGCUGCCGUCUGCCCUCGGAGCCCCUGGCCCCGGGCGGGGAGGCGGCACCCCGAGACAGCCCCCCUGCGGCUGAGGCGCCCGCCCCGGAACCUGGCUACGUCAACUACACCAAGCUAUACUACGUGCUGGGCUCCAGCGAAGGGACGGAGCCGGAGGACGAGUUCGAGGAUGACAAGAUCUCCUUGCCCUUUGUGGUGACUGAUCUCCGUGGCCGUAACCUGCGGCCCAUGCGGGAGCAGGCCGCUGUCCAGGGUCAGUACCUGACGGUGGAGCAGCUCACACUGGACUUUGAAUACGUCAUCAACGAGGUCAUCCGCCAUGAUGCCACCUGGGCCCACCAGUUUUGUUCCUUCAGUGACUAUGACAUUGUCAUCCUGGAGGUCUGCCCGGAAACCAACCAAGUCCUCAUCAACAUCGGCCUGCUGCUCCUGGCAUUUCCGUCCCCCACCGAGGAGGGCCAGCUCCGACCAAAGACGUAUCACACCAGCCUCAAGGUGGCGUGGGACCUCAACACGGGCAUCUUCGUGACAGUCAGCGUUGGCGACCUCACCGAGGUCAAGGGGCAGACCAGCGGCAGCGUCUGGAGCUCAUACCGCAAGAGCUGCGUGGACAUGGUCAUGAAGUGGCUGGUGCCGGAGAGCAGCGGCCGCUAUGUCAAUAGGAUGACCAACGAGGCACUGCACAAAGGGUGCUCACUGAAGGUUCUGGCAGACAGUGAGCGAUACACGUGGAUUGUGCUGUGAGGGCCCGGCCGUUCUGGACACUGACUCCAACUACCUCCGUGGCCUGGGAGCCGGCCGCCUUCCUGGCAGCCUCUCCCCGGCUGGCCGGCCGACCGAUGACCUGCCGACCGACGAGACGACCGACUGCCGGGGCCGGCACUCGUGUUAGGCUGCGGGGAAGGGGGCUGGGCGGGGCAGCCCCUGGUGGCCUGAGAGUCCGGACGCUUCUUAUUUAUGCCUAUUUAAGUUGGGAAGGGGCAGAGGGAGGGAGCCCCCUGCCCCCCCCAGCCUCAAGCGCCCACCUUCACCCUGCGCUGGGCACAGGCCCUUGCUCUCUGUGCAUCUGCCCCUUUCCUUGGCUACAGGUGUGGACAUUGCCCCCCAGGGAGGCCGAAUGGACCCCCUUUCCCUGCCCGCCCCAGCCUCCCCCCGCCUGAGGUGGCACACCUCGUGGCCAUCCCCUCCCCCACCCGUCGUUCCCCUUCAUGUAAUAAAUGUUUUAUUUCUGAA